AUGGCAAAUAGACUUGGCUUCCAGCUUUUUGUUGGCAGAUUAUCAUCAUACUCAACAAAUCAUGAGUUAAAAAGGUUGUUUUCGCCCUUCGGUGUCGUUACGGAAGCUAGGCUAGUUGUAGACCCAAGAACUCAAAAGCCCAAAGGGUAUGGGUUUGUUACGUUCGAGUCAGAGACUGAUGCACAAAAGGCAUUGAAGACCAUGAAUGGCAGGAAUGUUGCAGUUGCUACGUUGAAGGCAAUGGUCAAUAUGUGGUCUAGCUCUGGCAUAUUACUUGUAGUUAUGUUUGGUAUACUGGUUAAGGCAAUGGUCAAUAUGUGGUCUAGCUCUGGCAUAUUACUUGUAGUACUUCUUGCUGUUUAG